AUGCACUCUUUGGAUGCAUCACACCGCCAUACCUUCUUCUACCUUCCACAAAUCUUUCGCCUCUUCGUAGAUGCUUGCCACGAGUCUUCUUUCCACCGCCUACCUUUACUUAACCUAUGUUGUGUGUCCUUUAUUCAAUACCCCAUAUACUUCAUGACUACGAUUGUUCUUCUUCAUCUCAUCAAUAUCAAGAGAGAACCAUCAGGUCUGCCACCAACUCCCAGUCUAUAUUGCCGAUUGGAACGCAUUAUAUCUCCGAUCAUGUCUAUCUUUGUUCCAUAUUUUCUCAGGUCUAGUAGAAUCAAGAGCUCCCAAUAUAGUUUCUCAGUGGGAAACAAGUUGAAUUUUCCUAGACAAAGAGUUCAAGCAUCUCAAAAGACUCGUAAAUCAGGGAAACAUGAAGGAUCACUUGGUGCCACAUGUCGUGCGGAAAAGAUCUUGAUAGAAAACAGAGGGGAAAUUGCAGUAAGAGUGAUUAGAACUUCUCAUGAGAUGGGGAUUCCCUGUGUUGCAGUCUACUCCACCAUUGAUAAGGAUGCACUUCAUGUGAAACUACCGGAUGAGUCGGUUUGCACUUCAUGGGAAGCUACCAGUAAUCAAUCAUACCCAAUGUACUGUCUGCUGCUAUCAGUCAUGGAUGUACAAUGUUGCAUCUUGGUUAUGGUUUCCUUGCUCAUAAUGUUGUUUUUGUUGGGAUAUGUAGAAGACAUGGAUUCAAAUUCAUUGGCCCAAAUCCUGACAACAUUCCUGUAA